UCUUCCCUUCACAUGCAUCUUGUUGUGUUGGGAGUUUGUCAAUCGCACAGAAUCUGCGUUGAUAUGUGUCUUUGGAAGCCAUGGUCUGGCCCCCUGAGGUUUUUCCUGGUAAUCGAACCUUGGACAACUUCCGUACGAUCCAGAGGGAUGACGCUGAUGUUCUCCUUCUGAAGGAUUUCCUCCACCAGCUGCUCUUUUUUCCAUUGAAGCUAGGGAUUCCGAUGUGUACUACAGUCAUAGAAAGGUAGUGGGAGAGAGGGAGUGUGUGUGUGCAGUGUGAGGAUAAAGUGUUCCUUGAGGUCUACCUAACCCCUGCAUUAGCGGCAAGACCACAGUAACCUCCUCCAGAUGUUUGCGAGCAGCAUCUGACUGAUUAUUUACAACGAAGCCAAUGAACGUCGCCCUCUCCGCACUAAAACGCUCACUCUUUGCUCCCUCGGCAAAGCCCGAGUUAAUGCUUAAUCUGAGCAUAGGCCCUUAAUUGUUGAGACCAAGCCCGGUUUAUGGGAGGGAGGUUACUUGGAUGUGAACAAACCAGAGGCACACAAGCUCUUCAGACUCAUCUCUCACCAGUCAAGCAACGAGACCUUCAGGACUGACCACCGGAAGGAGCCAUCAUGCCGAAAGAAUCCGCCAUAUCCAAGGCUUUUGCUGCCACUUUUGUCAUCCUGACCGUCGCUGUCAUCACCGGCAUUGUCACCAUGAUCAUUUUUUACACGACUGAGAUCGCAACAAUGAACCCGACGCCCCGUCCGACGUUCCCGUCCACCACCACCAGCUUGCCACCCGUUAUACGGCUGCCGAAGAACCUCAUACCCCAAAGCUACAAGAUCUUACUCCAGCCUCGCCUCUACACCCGAAUCACCGAGGUGGUGAAUGUCACCAGUCCCAACCAGACGAUGGUCUUCACCGGAAACUCCACCGUCAGCUUUCAUUGUGUCCAGGGCACUCGCGCCAUCUACCUCAACAGCAUGGACCUGGCAGUUUCUGAUCCGGUGGUAAUGAACAAAGACACAAAUGAGAGGAUCGGUGUUUCUUCAGUCAAGAACCACGAAGACGAAAGCAACUUCCUGGAGAUCCAAUUGAAUGAUGCGUUAGCGGCAGGGGGGAACUACAGUUUGUUUCUGGCUUUCAAGGGACAAAUAAUAAAUCUUUAUGGGAUGUUUGUAAGCACAUAUGUCGAAGGUUCCCCAGCUUAUGAAGGCGAUAAAAGCACAGAGAGAUUCCUCACCGCCACCCAUUUGGAACCAAUAGACGCCAGGAAAGUGUUUCCUUGUUUCGACGAGCCAGAAAUGAAGGCAGAGUUUGUCGUAACAAUCAUCCACAGGAGAGACACGAUAGCUCUAGGGAAUGCGGAUAUUAGAGAAUCCAAUAUUAUCAACGACGACUGGAAAAUCACUUUCUUUCAUCCAACGCCGAAGAUGUCAACGUACUUGUUUGCCUUCACGGUUUCAGAGUUCACGUCAACCAACUCCCCAACAGAUGAGCGUGUAAAUAUUAAAACGUAUGCACGUCCUGAUGCCACUGCAGCAGGUCACACUCAGUAUGCCGCCAACAUCACCGGAAAGAUUCUCAAGUUCUACGAGAGCCAUUAUGGAAUUGAUUAUGAACAGAAAAAGCUAACUCAAAUUGCAAUGCCAGACUUAGCUGCUGAAGCGAUGGAAAACUGGGGACUGAUCACAUACCAGGAGGGAAGCUUGCUCUACGAGGAGGGAGUGUCCUCACUGUUGCACAAGGAAGUGAUCGCCUCUCUCAUUGCACAUGAACUGGCACACCAGUGGUUUGGGAAUCUGGUGACAAUGAAAUGGUGGAACGAAGUUUGGCUAAAUGAGGGCUUUGCCACGUAUGCAUCAUUCUUUGCAGUGGACCAUGUGGAGCCUACAUUCCAAUUAAAAGACGCACAUAUCAUGAGCAACCUCCAUGCUGCGUUUGAGCAGGACGCUCUGGCCUCGUCCCACCCUCUCAGUCCUCCGCAGGAAGACGUCCAGAUGAUUUUUGAGAUUUAUGAGAUGUUUGAUGCCAUAACCUACUGUAAGGGGGCGGCUGUGCUGAGAAUGCUGGCAGACAUCGUGACAGAAAGAGUUUUCACCAAAGGAAUUAAAAUGUACCUCUCGGACUUUAGCUAUAAAAACACAGACCAGAACGACCUCUGGGAGUGUAUUCAAAAGGCCGAGGUUGAGGACGGUGGUCACACCAACGUUGCCAAGGUGAUGAACACCUGGACCAAACAAAUUGGCUAUCCUGUUAUCACCAUCAACACUACCAAUGGAGAAGUCUACCAGAAGCACUUCCUGUUCAAUCAAUCUUUAGAAUCUAGUCUUUGGUGGUACGUCCCAAUCAGAGUCAUGUCAAAUACACCCAAAUCUUCUCCUGUCUGGUUGGAUUCCAGUGAUACAGUAAAGAAAGAUGAAUUCAUCUCUAAGAGUGGAGAGUGGAUCCUGGCAAACGUCAACUGUGCUGGAUACUACAGAGUCAAUUACAACCCAGAGAACUGGGAACGCCUCCUGACUCAGAUGGAGACAAACCCACAUCAAAUCCCACUGAUGAACAGAGGGCAGCUUGUUGAUGAUGCAUUUAACUUUGCAAGGGCCAAACUCGUCGAAGUGACCCUGGCCCUGAAUUCAACGCGCUUCCUUCGGAAUGAGAAAGAGUUUAUUCCCUGGGAGUCAACAGUCAGGAACCUUGAGUACUUUGUCCUCAUGUUUGACCGCUCCGAGGUGUACGGACCCAUGCAGGCGUACCUCUGCGAACAGGUUAAGGGCCUGUAUAACUUCUUGAGGAACGACACAGACAAUUCCCAAGUCCCAAAGAAUCACUCCUUACAGUACAGCCAGAUCACCGCCAUAGAGGUGGCGUGUUCCAAUGGACUCCCAGAAUGCUUAGUGAUGGCUACGAAGAUGUUUGCGAACUGGAUGAACACCAACAGCACUAACAAAAUCCACCCCAAUCUGCGCUCCGUGAUCUACUGCCAAGCUGUGGCCGCUGGCGGGAGGGAAGAGUGGGAGUUUGCCUGGAACAAGUUUCAGAACUCCAGUGACACCUCAGAGAAGGACCAGCUCCGGCAGGCUCUGUCUUGCACCAAGAAGAUCUGGCUGCUCAACAGAUACCUGGAAUACACUUUGAACCCUGAGAAGAUUCGUCUGAUGGAUGUUGCUUCCACUAUUAACUACAUAGCUAAGAACGUGGCGGGGCAGGCGCUGGCCUGGAACUUUAUCAGAGCACACUGGGAGUACGUCUCGCAGGGUAACGCAGUUAUGCUGAUUGAGGGUGUGACCAGAAGGUUCUCCACCCAAUUUGAACUGGACGAGCUGAAGCGUUUCGCAACGGAUUACAAUGUGGUCGGCAGGGUGGUGCACCAGGCCAUAGAGCAAACCCAGGUCAACAUCCAGUGGGUCAGCGAGAACAAAGAUAGCAUACUGGAGUGGUUUGAGAGUGAAACAGCUUUGUAGAGUGGGAAAAAAAACACUGAUUGACUUUGAUUGUUUUAGAGCCUCACAGAUCAGCUGUGCUGGCAGUUCUCAAUUCUGCAGACCUGUCUCUAUUAAAUCCACUUCAAACCGAUCCAAGACCCGACUCUCACUAGUCAGGAAAGUAAUCACAAAAUAGGACAUAUCAUUUCCUUUAAUAGAUACUAAUACGUAGUAUUGUGCUGACAAUUCAUGAGACGUCUAGCACCAAAGUGAAGACACAGCAGGGUUUUACGUAUACAUUAUUUAUACAGUAUAUUAUACAGUAUAUUAUUACUUUGACAGUCAGAGUGACCAGAUUUUUACGCCACUGUCAUUUUUGCACAUGAUGCAGAUCUAACAUCAAUUUGAAUGUAGAGUUGGAUGUUUGAAAAUGUUAAAAAAUUCUAACAUAUGCACUUUUCAAAAUCACUUGUUUUCUUGUUGCUGUUGUCUAUCAAAAUCAUCAAAUUCACCAGCAUUUUGCACAAAUCUGAGCCAAAGGACAGAACUCCCUCUAUUUGUCAUAGGAACAUGUCUAUAUGUGUAUCACAUAUGUUAUAAUCAAGGAACCAAAUCAUUCUUGUAUGUUGCUAAAACGUGUUAUUUAAAAAAAAUGAAACAUCGA